UUAUAUUCAUGAUCACAUUUCAAGAGACUUUGGACUAUAAAUAAAGGUUGGUGCAAAUAAGAAAAUACCCAUUUGGACCAGUUGCAAUGGGAAUCUGCAUAUCCCUUGCAUCUUCUCAGAUUCACAAGGUUGAGGAUAGCCACGAGAAUGCAAUAUUCUUUCAACAGAACAAAAAUGAUUCUAAUGGAACUCAGAGACUUAGUUCUGUUUAUUCAAAAGAAGGAAGCAAAGGUCUAAACCAAGAUGCUGCAAUUCUAUACCAGGGCUAUGGAAUGGAAGAUGGAGCUUUUUGUGGAGUGUUUGAUGGGCAUGGAAAGAAUGGUCACAUAGUGAGUGAGAUGGUGAGAAACCGACUUCCAUUGCUCUUGCUAAACCAAAAUAAUGCUGGCUCUAAGAUUCAUGGUGUAUUAGAAGAAGAAUAUGAAUUCCAAAAUCCCAUUAAGAAUAUUAUUGGAAGGGAAAGUGAAGCAGCAGGGGUACCAAUCCCUGACAACUUUCGAAAUUGGAGAGAAGAAAUUACAAGCGCUUUCAAAGUGAUGGACAAGGAAAUUAAGCUUCAAGAGAAUCUGGAUUGUGCUUGCAGUGGAACCACGGCUGUUGUUGUCAUAAGACAGGUUGAAGAUAUUGCCAUAGCUAAUCUUGGUGAUUCAAGAGCGGUGUUAGGGACAUCAACAGAGAAUGGAAUCACAGCAAUUCAACUAACCACUGAUUUAAAGCCUGGAUUGCCAGGAGAAGCCGAUAGAAUAGGGACAUGUAAUGGUCGAGUACUUGCAUUAAAGCACGAACCACACAUACAGAGAGUGUGGCUGCCUCAUGAGGACAUUCCAGGCCUAGCCAUGUCUCGAGCUUUUGGAGACUUUCUACUCAAAGAUCAUGGUAUAAUUGCCAUUCCUGAAAUCUCCUAUCACCGUCUAACUUCCAAAGACCAAUUUAUCGUUCUUGCAACUGAUGGGGUCUGGGAUGUGCUGAGUAACAAUGAAGUAGCAUCAAUUGUGUGGGAAGCGAAUAGUGAGGAGGCAGCUGCAAGAUUGGUUGUUGAAGCUGCUACAGCCAAAUGGAGAAAGAAGUUUCCUGCUUCUAAGAUCGAUGACUGUACCGUUGUUUGUCUCUUUCUGCAAAAGAAUAAAAAGCAUUAGAAUUUUUUGAAAGUUUGCUUUUGCCCCUGUAAAAAUUAAAAGCCUUGAGCUGCUAUUGUUUAGUCUUUCGAUACUGUUUUGUUUGCUUGUUUUAACUUUUAAUAAAUGAGCAACCUCCAAUCCGAUUACAUGUAAACACAAAUUCCAAUUUAUUAUAAGUGAAAGGGACUUGCUUAUUUGCAUCUAUUA